UCGUGACGCUCGAGUCGUUUCCCCGAAUUCAUCAUCCAGUUGUUGCUCAGCACGUCUUCUUUUUUGAUCGACCUGGUCUUUUGACUUUGACUUUCGAGGAUUGCGUUUCGAACUUCGAGCAUUGCAAACCAUCAUCUAACUAAUUAUCUCCAUACUGACAAUGGCUUCCAAGGAUAACCAGGGAUCCGGAGCUUUCAUUCGCACCGAAAGCGCGUUCCGCCAUUUUAUCUCCCCUGAACCCAAUGCUCAAUUUCCAGCAGAAAAGGGACGGUAUGCUCUGUACAUCUCGCCCACAUGUCCUUGGGCACAUAGAACCUCCAUUGUCCGGAUUCUCAAAGGACUCGAGAACAUUAUCGACCUGUACGAACUCCACCCAUCCAUGGGUCCCAAGGGCUGGUACUUCAGCGGUGAAGGUUCUUCCCUCCCUGCAGACCCCUUGUACGGCUUCAAGUACCUCCCCGAUCUCUACAAGAAGGCCGACCCCUCCUUCACCGGUCCUUUCACAGUUCCCAUGCUCUGGGACAAGAGGACCCAUACCGUUGUCAACAACGAAAGUUCCGAGAUUAUCCGCAUGCUUACUACCGCCUUUGACCACCUCCUGCCGGAACACUUACGUGAAGUGAACAGGCCAGGUGGCGGACUGUACCCGAAGCAUCUGCAAUCUUCUAUUGAUGAGGUGAAUAGCUGGGUCUACAACUUGAUCAACAACGGAGUGUACAAGACAGGCUUCGCUACCACCCAGCAGGCGUACGACGCGAAUCUGUACCCACUUUUUGAGGGACUCGAUCGUGUUGAGCAACUCCUCUCCUCCCCUGCACCCAGCGAUGGUGGCUCGCCUGAAACAAAGUCAAGGAAAUACCUUCUUGGGGACAACCUCACAGAAACUGACGUCCGUUUGUAUACCACAAUCAUUCGGUUCGACGUCGCGUACCGCCCAGUGUUUCUAUGCAGCCUCAAAUCCAUCCGACAUGAUUAUCCGAGCAUUUACUCCUGGCUCCGCCGCUUGCAUUGGGAUCAAGACAGCCGCGAGACCAAUGCCGCGUUCCACUCGACAUCUGCACCGUACCUGGAUGUGUAUGGGCCGUCAUACGCCGCUGCAAGGCACAAGAAGGUUUUUGGCGGGCAAGGACCUUUGAUUGUCCCUGGGGGGCCGACACCGUUGAUCGAUCAGUUGUAGGGCAAAAUUUCACAAAUGGAAUUUCGAUGCUCUGCUACAGACAUUACUGCGAAACCAUGAUCGUUGGUCUGCCGGUAAACGAAAUGAAUUCUUCCUCUUUUCAUUACACAACACUCCAUCAAAUAGGAUCCAACG